AUGGAGAAAGCUACUGGUGAUGAGUCUGAGUCAAAUUUGGUUGAACUUCUCACCACCCAACUGGGACAGGAAGUGCCGGUGGAGGUGAAGGCUGGCCAUGUUGACUAUAUCAAGUUCUCAUUUCCGUGGUCAAACCUGUUCUCGGCCAAUGUCCAGCUGGAACUGGAUGGUCUGUAUGUUUUACUAGGACCCAUCAACGAUCGUCCCUAUGAGGAGAAAAAGGACAGGAAUCUGGAAAAUGCCAUUAAACAAGCUAAAUUACGGUCUUUUGAGCAAUCAACUUUUAAAGCUGUUGCUGAUCAAGCUGCUAAAAAUCCUGGAUUCUUUGAGAAACUAGGAAAAUACAUCCUGAACAAUAUACAGAUCACCAUUAGAAAUGUUCACAUUCGUUACGAAGAUUCCAUCACUAACGGGGAUUAUUCCUUCGCGGUGGGCACAAUGCUGCAGAGUUUCACAGUUCACACUACCAAUGACCGCUGGGAGGACUCGGACGCCGACAGUUCGGCCACCAUACUCCACAAACUGGGAAGUCUUACUGACCUGUCAGUUUACUGGAACCAUUAUGUACAGGAAGCUGACCUCGUCGGCAAGAAAAAACGACUCCAGUCACAUGUGUGGAAGAACCUGCUGAAACAGUCUAUAACAACCAACAGGAUACGAGAGGAGUCCUUUAAUCAUAUUCUUCGUCCUGUGACAGUCAAAGCCAAGGUCAUCAUGAACAAUGAGGAUAACUUUGUGAUGCCAAGAAUCUAUGUAGAAUUCUCACUCCCCGAUAUAAUGUGUUUCUUCUCCAGACAUCAGUACCUGAAUUUACUGAAGUGGAUUGAUGCAAGUCGUCGAGUGCAAAUCAACAAGCGUUACCGUAAAUACCAUCCCAACACACCAGUGCGCUUUAACCCAAAGGCUUGGUGGCACUAUGCAUAUACUUCAGUUGUAGAGGAAAGGAUUCGUCCGCACAAUUGGACAAGGGUUGUGGAGCAUAGGAAAAAAGUAGUACGUUAUGGUCAGAUGUACAAGACACACCUAGAAUUCCCAGACAACAAGACUCUACAGGAGGAUCUAAAGAAACUGGAGGCAGACAUGGACCUCUGUAACAUCAUAAAAGCACGGGAAGAGUCCAAACUCCAGUUCGUUGCUGAAGCUCCUGAUCGUGCUCGAAAAAAGAUUAAAGAGACGCGGGAGCGAGAAAAGGCCAAUGAGAGCUGGUUCAGUUGGAUUCUAGGGGGCAGCAGUGUGGAACCAGAAGUUGAGCUAGAGGUCAACACAGAAGAGGAUUGGCUGCAAAGUCUUUCUGAUGAAGAGAGACGAGAACUUUACCAGGGUGUUGGUUAUGAUGAAAAUUCCAAGAAAGAUACUAUGCCAAAAGAGUACAUUGCCUACAAGGUGCAGCUGCGAUUAAAGAAUGUAAGCCUCACUUUGGAGAACUAUGGUAAACCUAUUCUUAAGAUGACGUUGAGUGAUAUGUUAACAUCGUACGAAAACCGGCCAGGAGGGAAUGGGGCCAGAGUGUUGAGCCACACAGAGAGCUUCACAAUAGAGGGUGCCUCAGUGGACUACAAACUGGUGUCUCUACUGACAUCUAAUAGUAAUAUAUAUUCCACAGACAACCAGAUGUUUACACUGGACUACGAGCUUCGGCCAUUGUCCAUUCAUGCUGACCAAUCACUGAAGCUCAAUGUCAGACCAGUUGAAAUCUUUUACGAUCAGCAUGCAGUCUCCCAGGUCCUCAUGUUCUUCCAAGUACCGAUGGACUCGCCACAAGUGGAUAUUAAUGCUAUCGCAAAGGAGAAACUCAUGGAUAUGGUCGAGUACAGUCGAAGCACACUGCUCUACGCCAUUGAACAACAAUCUACAUUCCAUAUUUCUGUACACAUGAAGUCUCCAUAUAUUGUUAUCCCCCAGAAAGGAACUCUCCAUCAGGGAGGUAACCUACUGAUUUGUGACCUCGGAAACUUCACUGUUGAGAGUGACCUGUUACAGAAAGAGAACAUGCCACUCCACAAUGCCACAAUCUCGGAGCUACAGGCUCACCUGUACGACAAAUUCCUCUUCAAAAUCUCUGAUGUCAAGGUGCUUCUUGCAGAUUCUGAGGAAGAAUGGGACAUGGCUCAGAAAAAUCCAAAUUCCGAGUUCCACAUCCUGCCCAGUACAGGACUGGAUAUAGCAUUCUACAGAAGUGUCCUCAAUAAUAACCAGCAGCCUCAACAAAAAUUUGAUGCCAUGCUGCAGUCGUUAACCUUGAACGUGACUGAUGUGCAGAUUGUGACCUUGAACAAUUUUAUGCGGAAUUUCCCUGUGCCGACAACUUCCACCAGUACAAUAGAUGCUAUGGAUGUUCCUCCACCUCAACCGGACUGGAGGCAUAUACAGAUAGAGAUGAAUUCCAAACAGUUGAAGAAAAUGAGAAGGACAAUACUUAGUCGGCUUACCCUUGACCUGGCGGAGCCUAUACAAGAGGAACCGGUUGCCAAAAGCUUGCACAGUACACUGGACAGUGCUCAGCCAAGAAACAGGACGAGCACUUAUUCAGAACCUGACACAGACACUUAUUACUCUGCUUCUGAUGACUCUGAAGACGAGAUGGACAAAUGGACAAGUUACCGGAAAGUCAAGUCAGUUGAUGACUAUAUUACGGAAAACAACCGUAUGCAGAUGUUCAUGCGGGCUUCCAUCGGUGAGAUCGUCAUACAGGUAUCGCUAGAGCAGAACCGUCAGCGACGGGAAUAUCUUAUGUUCCGUUUGGACGGUUUCACGGCUGACAUGGCAUACACAGUGUGGAUAAAUAAAAACAGAGUUAUUCCAAGUGGAGUCGCAUUCCAUGCCAGACUACGAGGAAUUGGAAUGGCUGAUAAGCUACACAGAGGUGCAACGGGUGCAUACCUGGACUUGCUACAGACAGAGUCAGAAAAUGAAUUGAUCUCAAUCUGUUACAGACAGGUCAAACCAGAAUGUCCAGAUUUCGGGCCAGUGUUCAAAAAUAUUGAGCAUGGUGCAACUUUGACCUUCAAUAAUUUGUCCAUCAUGUUUGACCAGACAGGGGUCUGCUAUCUCAAGAAAUUCCUGGAAGAUCUUUACACAAGAAUGUAUCCCAAGAAGGAUACCCUUGACGACAAUCCCUUCGUUAAUAUGCGGUCCUCAACGGUGGACUCAUCUACAGUGAGGCUUCGAAAUAAAAGUGGAAGUCGGAGCAGCCGAGCCAGUGUUACUGAUAAGAUCAAGUCUAUUGUCCAUGAGGCAGGUGGACCAUCUAGUCUCAUCAAAAUUCAUGUAAUCACCUGUGUAAAUGACGUCAGUCUUCAUCUACGUAAUGUUGAGACAAAAUUCUCCGAACUUCAUAUCAAGGGUUUAGAGAGUCAGUUCAUAGCACGAGCGAAAAAGAUGACAUUCAAUUGUCGUCUCCAGAAAUUCUUUGUGACAGAUCUCACUCCAGACACACUCUAUCCAAAUAUUCUGGAGAUUGGUACAGAUGAAAGCCCAUUCUUUGAUUUAAAGGUGGAACAGUUUAAGUCUGAUGGUAUGAUGCGACGUUUGUCACGACGAAGCACAGAACCACUUGACUACUAUGCCAGGUUACACAUAGGCCAGCUCCAGGUGGCAUUCAUCAACAAGUUCUUCUGGGAAGUUACGAGAUUUUUUGAGCCACUGAAGAGCCCAGAGUUGUCAGAUGCUGCUUACAAAACAAAGGAAACAGUGUCUAAACAGAUGAUGGAAAUAACUCCGGCAACUAUACGGAUUGCCCUGGUUGUCAAGGCACAUAUCCCAACAGUGGUUGUACCCCAGCAUUCAAAGUCACGUGAUCUCUUCUUUGUGAAAUUCGGAAACCUUGAGGUGUGGAAUCAGUUUGAAAGAAAGGAAGUUCCAGGAGCUGAUAUGUCGCAAGAGUGGAAUCACUUCAGCGCCAAACUCACAUCCAUGCAGAUCAGCAAGGGUAAACUUCUGGAGGACAACACUACUUUUGUGGUGUUACACCACCUUGUGGAGCCUGUCAAUUUCACUGCCUCAUUUAGCCUCGCUUUGGCUCCCUUUGUGGCCAAUAUUAUGUAUGAUGUUUCCGGAGAACUCAACCUAGUUAAGGUAAAUAUGUUGAAGACAGACAUGAAACUGGUUAUGGAUAUAAUGAAGGAGAACUUUGGUGAAGGAGCCCCGUCAGCUAAACCAGAUCUUGCUAAACCUUCCAACAUGAAGCCAACAAGUACAAUGGAUUCUGGGGUGACUGUGAUCCAACAUGACCUUGACACGCCCACUCCUCCAGAAGUUGUGCCAGGGACACCCUAUAAUGCUGUAGUGACCCUACAGGGCCUUGUGCUUUGUCUUUAUGAGGAAACAAAUGGCACCACAAGUAGUAUAGAGAAAAACUUCCUUAGUCGAUUUGAAGUAGGAAAGAUCAAGGCUAGAGCUAACAGCCAUAGAGAAGGAGAGAACAAGCUGGACUUCAAUCUUUCAUUCCACACCAUGUCUAUUGAUGACAUGAGACCAAACAACACACGAGCAGUCAGAAAGGUAUUUUACUGUACAAGAGAGGAAGUUGUGACAGAUGAUGACCAUAAACCAUUACCCAUGAUAUCUGUGAUAUACAAGACAGCACAUGAUGGUAGUCAAGAAGCGGACAUACGUAUGGAAAAAAUCACCCUAAAUCUUAACAUUCCAUUCCUUCUACGGUUACGAGAAUUCUACACAGCUUCAAUGGGAACUGGUUCAGAGUUACCUCCCCCUCCUUUACCCAUUGACCUUGACCUGGAAGAGAGCUACGUGGAUUCUCCUGACUUACCAGCACCUGUUGUACCACUCAAAGUGUUCUGUACCAUCAAGGAGCCUGAGAUUGUAUUGUUUGCUGACCCAAGUCUCGAAGACAGCCGUAUAGUUGUACUCAAGGCUGAUAUUGAGGUAGAUAUGGUAAAUAAUGACAACACACAAAAGCUCGGAUCAAAAGUGAAAGAUCUGAAAAUGUAUUCUGCUCAGUAUUCAACCCAACAGACUGUCAGCAGCUGGGUGAUACAACCAUGUGAUCUGACCUUCGAGAGAACGUACAACAUCCUAGAAAACCAUGUCGACAUGUCUGCCCGCAUCACAGAGCUGGUCUUCUGUACCUCUCCUAGUGUCCUGCAUUUUGCCUUUGAUGUUUGGGCUCUGUUUGGGAACAAAGAUUCAGAGACAUCAGAAGAUCAAGCCACACCACACACAGAGGAUUAUAGAAACCUUUGGAGUGUGAAACCAACAUCUGCAGAGAAAUGGCUGAACAAGAUAGAUAACAGUAGUAACAACUCCUUUAACCCGCUGAUACCUCAGAGGUCUCCGUCAGAAACCCUGCACGUGGAUAUUGAACAGAUACAUGCUUACUUCCAAGUACGUAAUCUCGACCACCAGGUGAACCUGCUGCACAUACGAUCAUCCUUGAACUCCCAUCUUCAUGACUGGAACAAACAGUUUCACAUGAAUGCAGAAAUGAACCUUCAGGUGGACUUUUUCAAUGAGAGACUCAGUGUGUGGGAACCGCUUGUGGAACCUGUUUCAGAGAAGGAAGGUGUCUACAGACCUUGGGAAGUGGUCAUCAAGGUGAUAAGAGGGCGGAGUUACCCUAUGACCUUUAAUUAUGUACAAGAAGGAUUCAAUAUGGAGGAUUGUCUUCGUAAUGAUGUCCAACAGUUGCUACACAACAGUCGACAUCGGUCAAGCAGCUCAGAGUCGGAGACAGACGAGUCCACUGAAAUGACCGUUCUCCGACCCAAAUUACCACGAAAACGGUCCAGAAUUGCAAGUGACAAGAGCUAUGAAUCUAUAAAACAGGGUAGUAUUCAGGGUGAGUCUGACACAGAGCCGGACGGCCUCAUCCACAGCAUUACCAACAAACUCGGCGGAAUCUUUUCUGACGACAGUAGCGAUGACGCUGAUGUCAGUGAAACUGAAGACACGGAUGAACUCCAUGAUCCUUCGUUAGAUAAACCUGUAUUCCUGACCCCCAAAGGGCCUGUCCAGGUCUCCAUGGUGGAGAGUGGUGUGGGGUUUGACCAGGUGGAUGGCAGGAUUGAGGAGGAAGAAGAAGAGGUUAUCGGACCGCAAUGUAAUUACGUUGUGGUAGCAUCUCAGGACAAACUACAGCUUAAUGUCACACCACAGGCUAUACAUGUACUGACAGAUAUAUCACAGGCGCUCACCUCCCCGGCAUCACUACACUUCGAUUGUAAAGACCUUCCAGCAUUUGAACUUCACAACAUGAUUGGCAUUCAUAGCACCGUGACCCUCCAUCAGGAUAUCAAGGUAUAUGAAGACAAUGUGACUGGCUGCACAGUUAAACGAGCAGGAGAUGAGACGUCAGACCUACAGAUCAUUCCACGUAGUACCUACAAUGGGGUAGAUGAGGCCAUAGUGGAAAGUCCUACAAAUGGACUGCUGACACAUGCUCUGGGCACUGCAGCUCAUGUGCUGACCUCUGCUGGAGCUUUUGUGUUUGACGAUGAUGACGACUACCUCUCCGGAGCAGACAUGAACCAGGACAGACUCCGACUACAGGUAGAUGGUUUUGACCUUACAUCAACUAUCCUACACAGGAGAGCCUGUCUACAGCUGAUCCCUCUCACACCUGAUAAGCAUUCCAUCAAGUACUGGUUUCUGCUGGAUAUUGAUGUAUCCCAUGGUCGCAAGGUCAUCAACAUUCUCUCGCCUCUCAAGAUCAAGAAUAGUUUGACCCUUGACCUCAACAUCCUGUGUAAGACCGCUGACCUUGAGAAGUAUCUACCAGAAAGGGAUUUCCUUGGCAGUAAGGAGUACACAAAAUUGACCACACUAGCUCCGGACCAAGACUACAAUGUACCCUUAUUUCUGGCCUACCACUGUGACCUGUUUGUGUGCCCCACGCAACUAAGUCGGUACCAGAUUCACAACAAAGGGAUCUACUGGAAAGACCUCCUGAUGACAAAGGAGAAGGCAAAAUGUUUUACCUGUCAAGGCUCUGGGGAAGACAGGUCAUUCAACCUCAAGGUCAGUAUCAAGGAACGAACAAAGUUACAGCCCAGUCAGGAGAUCCCCAAGGGUGUACCUUACUAUGUCCUACACGUGAAAGCACCUGUCAUGAUCCACAACUAUCUGCCUUACGACAUCCAGUUUUCUUUAGAGGGUACAGGAAACUUCAGCAGUCUCACCCAUGGAGAGAGCACACCUCUUUAUACAGUGGAGCAAGCUAGUCCUCAAAAACUACACAUCCAGUUACAAGACUAUAUAGGCUGUGAUUGGACUGGAAUCUUUGAAAUCACUCAAGGACUGGAGGAGUUCAAAGCAGUGUCAAUGGCACCGUAUGACUGUGCUGCAGAUGAAAACAAUAACAAACAACUGACCAUCAUUGUAAAUGCCAAGGAAAAAUUAUCGCUUGACCUGUACUUUUACAGCCCUUACUGGGUCCUUAACAAGACUGACCUCCCCAUACAAAUCCGGGGCUCUGGGUCAGAUGCUGUAUAUGACUGUUGUCCUUCCAAUGCAGUUCCUUUGCUCUUUAGAUUCAAGAAAACAAAACGGAAAAAGGCCAAAGUACGAGUGUACAACUCAAAGUGGUCGCAAUCUUUUUCUAUGGAUACGAUUGGUAACUCUGGCGUAGUCAUCUGCUACGACAAGGAGCGUCAGAAAAGAUACAGGAUGAUGCUACAGUGUCAGUGGUCAAGCUUGAAACUGACCCGGAUAGUGACCAUCCUACCGUUCUUCCUGGUGGUCAACAAUUCUAGUCACAACCUUCGCUAUAUGGAGGAGAAUGAGGAGACUGAUUUGUGGGAGGACCUUAAAAAGGGAAAGUGCUGCCCACUGUGGCCAAGGACUACUAGUGAGAAGAUGUUCAUAAAAUAUGAAGAUAGCGGUGUAGUCUCUGAACAUAUCCCAUUCAACACUCUUCACAACACUGUCCUACGUAUGGAACAUGGGUCCGCCUUGUGUGUCGAAGUGUCCGGUGGAAUUGAGACCCCUAGGACAAUCACAUUCUCUGACUAUGACCCAGGAGACGCACCUGUUAGAGUGGAAAAUCUGUGUGAUGAUGUUUUUAUCACAAUCCAUCAAAUAAACCAGCAUCAGAUGACCGUUCUUCCAGCUGAUCGGUCCAUCCUGUACACAUGGGAUGACCCCACAGGUCCCAGGAAACUGAUGUGGAAUGUGUACGGCUGCUCCAAUAAGCAGGACUCUGAAGUGGACAUCACCAAGGAUGGCUUCUACUUCAAGCAGCUCAAGAUUCAACUGGUUCAGGAGUCAGGGACUUACAAGUACAGCCCUCAACAGGGACGGCAUCACCACGACAGCAGCCCAGAGGGUGGGUCUCUUUCUGGGUUAGCCCAGAGACUGGGUCUCUUUCAAGAUGACAGUGAUGCUGUGGAUUGUAUGUACGAUAGUGAUAUAGACACAACAACCCUACUGAAAACAAACUCUUACAAGAUGAAAAUUUUUUGGAUUUCAUUCUUGGAUGGGCAGCAACGAGUCAUUCUUUUUACACGGGACUCCAGAGUGGCUGAUGCGGCCCGAAUGGCACAUGUAAAUGAUCUGUGUUCACCAAAGCAUGUUGGUGGUCCAGCGCCAAAGAUGAAUGAGGGAGAACAGGCGUCGCUGUUAACAAUGCUGUCACUGGACGGCUUAUCUUUGUCCGUGGUGAGUGAGGCUUAUGAGGAGGUUGCUCUGGUCAGUGUGUCAAGCAUGCCAGCCAUGUGGCAGAUUGAGGUCAAGAACAAGUUGAAGGUCCUAGAGGAUGUUACCUUAGUGACCUGGUUAGAGGACAAAUGGAUCCAUGGUCUGUCCCAGGCCAGUCUGGAGGACCGUAUAGAGGUGGAUUUUGCCAAUAUGCGGAUGACCAAACCAUACAUUGGAGAUCUGUGUCGUGUUUGUCCACCCGGAAUGUUAUUUCAGUAUCGAAGAUCUGAACACCAGACAUUUAUACAUGCCAAAGUUCACCAUAUACAGGUCGACAAUCAACUCCAUGAUGCCUACUAUCAGACGGUGCUACAUCCAGCCCCUAUACCCCUAAAUAUGAUCAAGAAAAAGGGCCCAAAACCUUUUAUUGAAUUCGGUAUGAUCCGGCGCUGUGUCCCAGAGAACAAUGUUGACACAUUCAGACAACUACAGGUAAUCAUCCAGGAAUUCAGUGUCCAACUUGACUGGGGAUUUAUUGAAUCCAUUCAGGACACAUUUGCUGACCUUGUGCCUAAACCAGAAUCAGAGUGUGCAAGAUUGCAGUCCGAUCUAAUUUUAGCACAGAAGCACCUAAAUGACCUUGCUGAGGUCAAGGUCAGUUUAUCCUCCACACCAAAACGGAUAUUCUUUGAGAUGUGUAAAAUUUCUCCACUCAAGCUACAUGUAAGCUUCUCCUUUCGUGGGACACCUCACCUCACAAGGGACGUCCAACCAAAUAUAACUUCAGAUGUUAAAGAGUUCCUCCGUAAUUCUGUUGGAGCUACUUUCAUUGAAGUAAAGGAUGUAGAACUGAAGUUUGGUUAUUUUGAGAAACGAGGUGCCUCAUUGUCAUGGAAACAGUUAACCAAUCAGAUGGUAGCUCAUUACCGUCAGCAGCUGAUCCUACAGGUAUAUGUGGUGGUGCUGGGACUGGAUGUACUGGGUAACCCCUAUGGUCUGAUGCAAGACAUAUCGCAGGGUCUGGGUGACCUUUUCUACGAACCUCUGCUGGACACAAUUCAAGGAGAUGAUGAAUUCUCUGAGAACAUGAUCAGGGGUUUCCACAGUGCCAUGGGACAUAUUGUUGGUGGCGGGGCUAAUUCUGUAGCAAGGAUAACAGGCACAUUUGGAGGUGCCCUGGCCUACCUUUCAUUUGACAAGGAGUUCCAAAAGAAACGCAGACGGCGAAUGCAACAGCAGCCAGCAGAUUUACCUCAUAGCAUGGCUAUGGCAGGAAAAGGCUUCCUAACAGGGAUCAAAUAUGGCCUGACUGGAAUCGUGCUGGAUCCCUAUCAAGGUGCAUCAGAGGAUGGUGUGGAAGGUUUCUUCAAAGGAAUAGGGCGUGGAAUACUUGGCCUAAUUACACAGCCUAUCGGAGGUGUACUGGACAUGGUCAGCCUAGCUUUCGAUGGUGUGCGAAGGGCAGCAGAGCUGGAGGGUGGUGUUGUAAUGAGAAUGAGACUCCCCAGAUGUAUAGACAACCAUAGGGGUCUAAAACCUUACUCUGAAUACCGGGCUAGAGGGAGCCACAUACUUAAGGGGAUAAAGGGAGGCAAGUACUCCAAGACAGACGUGUUCAGAAACUUCGCUCCCCUAAGUCAUGAGGAUAAAGCAGAUUUAGUUUUCAUUACAAACAGACAUAUCUUAUAUCUAGAGAAGUGUCGCUUCUCUGGUGGUUAUGAUGUGGAAUGGGAAGUGGAGUUGAAGAGCAUUCUGGGAGUUCCAGCUCUGAUAGAAGAUGAAAAGAAGUUGGUGAUUCACUUAAAGGAUAACACAGGCUCCCUUUUCAGUGACAACAAUGUUGAGAUCACCAGUCUAGAAAUUGACAUUCUGAAAUGGAUCCAGAAAAAAUUAGAAACAGUCCUCAGUAAUCAAAUUUACAAAGUCUGA